UCACAGUGUGUCACGUGAUAAAAAUGGCGAACUGAAAUUGUUUAUGGUUGGCAAGCAGGGUUUGAAUGGUUUGUCAUACGCGUUCCUCGCCGCUUAAUGCGUUUUUGCCUUUAUUAAUUCUCAUCAAGUAGAUUUAGUUCCUUGAAGUCAAGUUGUCUGGCAGCUUAGUUUUGGAAGCGACAUUCUUAAUUUCUUGUGAGGGUCUUAAACUGUCGGCCGUCAUCACAGAAACAUGAGGAACAAUUUCGAUACUGGAAAAAAUCAAAUCAAUGAAAAUGUCCGACGGAUGAGAGAAAUCCAAAGACGAUGUAAACAGAGAGAGGCUGAGAAGCCAGAACCUGUCAAAGUGUUGUGGAAGUCGGAGAAAUACGCAAAUGUGGAAUCAAAGAUAAAGCAGGAUGUGGAGAAACCUGCGACUCCAAGACCCAGCUCGGCCAAUUUCCUGCGGGCACACUCCCGAGCAGGCCCGCCAGUGAAACUGGAGUCUCGUCCUUGCUCUCCAGACAUCUCAGACAAGACCACAGUGCCUCUUGCCACCUCAGCUGGGAGUGUCAAGCUGAUGAGGAAUGACUUUGAUUUCAUCAAAGUGAAUGGAGUUAAUGCUAAGAGAGCCGCCAUUUCCCGUCCCCCGUCAGCCACCACUAUGGAUGACUACAAGAGAAGACAAGAAGACUUGCUACAGAGUCAUGAGUAUGGCGAAGUGCCCACGUAUUUACGCAAGAGGAAGACACAGUGGCAUGAGGAGGAAAGGGCUCGGGUGGCCAACACCCCAGACCCUGCCAUGCCCGCGGGCCACAGACAGCUGCCGGAGAGUGAGAGGAACGAGACACUGGGCCUGCUCAAACAGAAACAAGGAGAGGUUAUCAACCAAAUGCAGCGACUUCCGAUUGGUGCAGACACAGUGAGGGUGCGACAGCAGCGCCAAGCUUUAGAAGCACAGCUGACAGAGGUGGAGGAGGCUAUCAAGAUUUUUUCCCGACCCAAAGUGUUUGUGCGGGUGGACAGCUAAAGUCAUCUGUCAGGCUGUUAUUCUGUAAUGUUUAAUCUAAAUGUGUCUUGUUUCAGAGUGUGUUUGUGACGGCUUAUUCGUAGAUCUUUGUUAAAAUUGUAGCAUUAGUGUCUAAUACUUUUAAUCAUUAUGUUUAUUAUGUAAUUUCUGAUAUUUGAGAAAGAUUUAAAGGAAGGAUGAAUGAUUUACAAUGACUUUGUGAACAUAUAAAUGAUUAACCCAGAAUGCUGUAGACUAAUAUGUGAAAGUUCUCCAAGCUAUUACACUUCGAAAAAACAACUGUCAGGAGCAAUUUCUAAAAGCAUUUUCCUUACUUCUCCUGCUAGUGUUACUCUAGUCUGUUGCAGACUUGACACAUUCCAUGAGCCACCCCCACCCCCCACCAACCUCCUAUCCUACCUUGCUCCUCCUCGCCCUUUCCCUUUCCAUUUGAUAUAGCCCUAGUUGCUUUUACUUGUACUCUUUGCAGACUCCCCUCCCCUUUCCCUGUGGUUCAGUAUAGAGACUGCUCUGGGAAAAUUCUCAGAUCAUCAUCUUGUAUAUAUGUACAAACCACAUCUCCACACAUCUCUCAUGUGUGGGGCAGCCACUCACAAAGUUUUCAGCCUACUGUCUUCUUCUGCACUGGUCAAAGUACUUACUCCUUAUGCCAGACAUUUUGGGCCAUAAUUUUCCCAGUCGAGAAUCUGGGUUGUAGAUGUGAAGUCAGUUUGGUCUGACAAUGCAAGUGACGCACCCUGUCGCAGUGUGCUUCUUGAGGCUGACAUAGACUGGGGCCUACACACAUGAUAUGUUGCUAAAACAACCCAAACGCAAGGAGCAUAGAUCACUAAAGAAGACAACUUUUCAUAAGCCUAUGAUGGCCACUGACUGGUGAGUGAUUGUUGAAUCUGGCCUUAAAAUGCCAACUCGUGUAAAGCCUUUGUUAGAAUUUUGCUCAACUCCUCCACUGUGUCUUGUGAACUUGCUCUCACAGCGUGAACAGAUCUUUCUUAGGUUGAAUUGUCACUUGUUGUGGUGUUGUGCCUUGCUGUCUGUGUCUCUUCAGGACUCUUAGGCUAAGUCUACUCCAACAAGUCAACAAAUUCUCCCUCUUACCUCAAAUCCUGUCUGCAGGUCUGCCUUGCAGGAUAAGCUACACUACCUGGGAUAAAAAGUAGAAAGAUCUGUAGUAGUGAGAAGCUUUAUCAUUCAGUGAGACAUUUUGUCACAACUGGUUGCUGACGGAAAUUAUUUUCACAGGCGGGUAGAUAAAUGGCUUGAUGAGAAAGGAGGAGCAUGUUUGAUUCUUUACACUGGUUUAGAAAUAAAUGUUAAUGGAACUAUA